AUGAUUGUCCGUCAGCAGAGCAAUACCGAUAACCCGCAUUGCAAAUGGUCUCAAUCACCAUGGCCGCCUCAUUUGUCAGCAGCACUGUCCUCAGUGGCCAGUCUCCGGUCACUGCCAGCCGUAGCAAGUGCUGCCAGAGGAACUGAAGUGGAAAAUGUGAAGUUGAAUCGUGACAUGAAAAAAGAGGGCAGCAAUGGGAGAAGGGAUUUGACGUAUGCUGCUGCUGUCUGCUCAGUUGCUGGGAUUGCAGUAGCCGAGGAGCUUGGGAACCCAGAAGCCAAGAAGUUGUACGCACCUUGUUGUAUAACCAUGCCAACUACUAAUAUCUGUCGCAACUGA